GCGGGAAGCCGCGCAGCCGCAGUCCAUCCGGGCUGCUGUUGUUGUUUAACCGGGUCCAGGUUCUGCUGCUCCAUAAAGUUCAGGAAUCAGAACCAGCGGAGGAGCUUCCUGGAACCAGCUAGAACCGGUUUAAGCCGCUCAUGGUCCUGCUGUCCCGGGUUCGGACCGUCUGAGACCGCCGGCCGGCAGGCGAACCCCCAGGCCCGGUGGGCCGCGUGAGAUGAGCCGCUGCUGGAGCUCCUGUUCGGGGUUAGCAGAGUGAGCGAUCCCCGCAGACAUGUGGCAGAACCUCGGCCUCACCCUGCUGGUCAUCAUGGCGACGCUGCUCUGCGUGCUGCUCUUCAUGCUGUUCGGUUGGUACGUCGUCUGGCAGCUCUUCUUGUCCAAGUUCAAGUUCCUGCGGGAGCUCGUCGGGGAUGCCGGCACGCCGCAGGCCGAAACUCAACCGUCCGAACCCAAGAGCGAACGCCCCGCCUCCAGCGCCCAGGCCGCCAGGAGCCGGACAUCACGCCAAAGAGUCUCCUUCCCUGAGAGCACCUCGUAGAUCAUGGCCCCCCAACAGGAACCUUUUUACAGCUUCUGGGUCCGGAUCUCCACGUCGCCGUCCAGCGGUGAUGAUGGAGCAGCUUCCUGUCUCCAUUAAAAGGGGUGUGGCCUAUUUACUGAGUAGAUGACCUCUUUGUAACCAAUUAACUGACCUGAUGUGUUUUGGUCAGAGAGAGAAACGCUCAGACCCCCCCCCACUGAGGCAGCAGGAAGCUCCGUCAGUCACAUGGUCUCCUGUUUAUCCAAUCAGCUGAUCUGGACCUCGUCAGUAUUUCUGUAAUCUCUUCCUCAGGCUUUUAAUCGGCUGCGGGGAUUUUAUUUUUAUUUAUGAUGAAACUAAAGCUUCCAAUAAAUCAGUAAAACAAACCGA